GGGGAAGGAGCGAGAGCGAGCCACAAGCGACGGGCUGGGAUGACGUCAGCGACGGGCUGCUGAGAGCGCCCGCAGGGGAGGGGCCGGAGCCAAAACGGAUCGGUUUGAGGGGGGUUGCUGCGUCGCAAGAGCGCGUCCCGUCCGGCGGUCCGAACAAGCGGGGUCAACAGGGGGCUUCCGCAGGCGCCGCGUCGCAAGUGACCAUCCUGCAGCGGGAGGCUGGUGGGACCAGUCCUGCUAACGGCGACCGAAUGGCUCCGCAGUCUGCCGGCGAGGGAGUCUCCGGUGUGCGGAUCAGCGGAGAGGAAUCUUCGAUCGGUGGAGUCACAAGCAGGCUCGACGCUUUAAAUAUCGGACAGUCGACAGCCCGAUCUGCUGGCAGGGGGCAACAAAUGGCUGGCAGCCAGCCCCCCCGGGCUCGGGAUGAGGGGACUGGCAGGGGUGGAGGACGGGGCUCGAGACGGCGCGGUCAGGGUCGCGGGCUUGCACCUGACGCUAGUUCCGAUGCAGCUGCCGCCGCCAGUGCCGCCUGGGCCGCCCUUUCUGGAGCCACUCCCGUCUCAAGUUCUGUCCCGCCCACACUAGUUCCGCCCAAGUCGGACGACCUAACGUCAGCACGGCCGACCCGGCAGCCUCGCGACUCCCUACGUGGCCAGGAUGACGUUAACAAGGCGUCAGGAUCCGGCUCCACAAUCCGCUUAAUGCAGCGGCCGGGGGGGCCUACUUCAGACGCUUCCCUGACCGACUCCAUCCAGAAUAGCUCCUUGGGGAUCCCAUCCGGAGGUCAAAUGACGCGAUCGGGAGGCGCGUCGGAGAACGGUCUCGGGAGCGCCAGUGAGGCCCCGUAUCUGCAGCAGUCGACAGGGGCAGCGAGCAAAGGGCAGCCUCGUUUGGGGCGACAGCCUCGGCACCAGGGCCCCUACCAAGCGGGGCGGGGGCGGGGCUCGAACCGUGCGAUGUUGCGGCAGGGGGACGGGCCGAGCAGUGCAGGACAGGGGGUGCCGCUGCGAAGAAGCAGAUGUGGGUUGCCGUUCAGAAGCCGGGGUAACCUGCGGGAGGACUCUAUCGACGCAGAACAAGCUGUGGCCGUGAUCGAAGAGCAAUCACCAGCUGGCUCCGCUCCAACCAAAACGGUGACAGGUGCAGGCUCGUAACAAGCCUCAAAGAGGAAGCGGCAGCAAGCUGACGUUUCUGUGCGCGCACACUUUCGAGCGAAAAGGCCCAUGUCUCCGCAGCCUGAAGUCUGUCAAGAGUAGAGUGAGCAGCUUCAUCAGUCUGCGGGAUGUAGCUCCCUCUGCGGUUUGCACGCCAGUGCUGAGCUUCACAUUCCGGAUGGCUAGCUUCCUUGGGCUGGUUUGCACUGAGACGAUGCUUGAAUGUGCUCGAAGGCACACUGGUAGCUACUGCAGUCUCGGUUCUGGGGCGAAAUUGUUUUCGCAUAAAUGGUUGAUGCUUUGCCUCACCAGGGGGUAGGAGCGAAUUGAGGCCGUGUACCACAGUGCCGAGCAUGUGCCGCAGCACCGUUCAGUACUGCGCAAUUGCAACCGCAAACGGAUUAGGAGAGCUGCUUUCUGAAGUACUAUGCUUACUGUCACAACAUGCCGGUUGGUCAGAUCUUUAUCCGGGUGAGCAAUUUCGUAUGAUAGGCUAACAUGAUCGGGCAACUCUUUCUGCAUGGUUCUUGUUUGGACAGAUUUGAGAUUUCUCUAGUUUACUAAUU